AAGAAAAAGAGCAAAGAUAAGAAGAGAAAAAGAGAAGAAGAUGAAGAAACCCAGCUUGAUAUUGUUGGAACCAUAGCCAUUGAAAUGGAUAAGGGAACCUAUAUACAUGCACUCGACAAUGGACCUUUUACCCUGGGAGCUCCACACAAAGAAGAAUUGCCCUGAAAUCUGGCUAUGGAAAAUAUGUUGGUAUACAUUCAGAUGGACUUGUUGGGCGUUCAGAUGCAAUUGGACCAAGAGAACAAUGGGAACCAGUCUUUCAAAAUGGGAAAAUGGCUUUAUUGGCCUCAAAUAGCUGCUUUAUUAGAUGCAAUGAAGCAGGAGACAUAGAAGCAAAAAGUAAAACAGCAGGAGAAGAAGAAAUGAUAAAGAUUAGAUCCUGUGCUGAAAGAGAAACCAAGAAAAAAGAUGACAUUCCAGAAGAAGACAAAGGAAAUGUAAAACAAUGUGAAAUCAAUUAUGUAAAGAAAUUUCAGAGCUUCCAAGACCACAAACUUAAAAUGAGUAAAGAAGACAGUAAAAUUCUUAAAAAGGCUUGGAAAGAUGGAUUUUUGCAUGAGACGCUUCUGGACAGGAGAGCCAAAUUGAAAGCCGACAGCUACUGCAAGUGACUGGGAUUUUUGUUUCUGCCUCAUCUUUUUGUGUUUUUUUCUGAAUAAAAUAUUCAGAAGAAA